UUGAAUUUGACUGUUUACGGUGAGUUGGCAUUCUCGCACGUAGUCGAUUCGAACUAUCGAUGUCCAACACCGCUUAAAGAGAUGUUUGCGGAUUUGCGUGAUGUGGUUUCAAUACAUUUCCCGGGCAGGGACGAUGUACAACGACUCGCACUGAGUUCCUUUAUCAUCAUGCGUUUCUUUGCCGCAGCCAUUAUGAAUCCGAAACUGUUCGGACUGAAACGCGAACAACCGGUUCGUUCGUUCAUUUUAUUUUAUCAUUCUCCUUAA